UUCAGCCCAGAGCCUGCCUUUGUUCGCCUUCUCCUUUGUGGUGGGCUCUGUGGCUGCAGGACUGACUAAGUGGGCAUCAUGGCUGCUCAGAAAGUUCUCUAUGAUGCCAUUGUGAUCGGGGCAGGCAUCCAGGGCUGCUUCACCGCAUACCACCUGGCCAAACACAAGAAGAGGGUCCUCCUGCUGGAGCAGUUCUUCCUGCCACAUUCCCGAGGAAGCUCCCAUGGGCAGAGCCGGAUAAUACGAAGGGCAUACCCUGAAGACUUUUACACCCAGAUGAUGCAUGAGUGCUACCAGAUAUGGGCCCAGCUGGAGCAGGAGGCUGGAACCCAAUUACACAGGCAGACUGGACUACUGAUGCUGGGAAUGAAGGAGAAUCCAGAAUUAAAGACAAUCCAGGCUACUCUGUCUAGGCAGGGGGUAGAACACCAGUAUCUCCCCUCUGAGGAUCUGAAGCAACGUUUCCCCAAUAUUCGGUUGGCCGGGGGAGAAGUGGGGCUCUUGGACGAGUCUGGAGGAGUUCUCUAUGCGGACAAGACCCUCCGGGUCCUCCAGGAUGCAAUUCGACAGCUAGGGGGCACAGUGUGUGAUGGAGAGAAGGUGAUAGAGAUAAAACCUGUGCUAUCAGUCAUGGUGGGAACCACCUCCCAGAGCUACCAAACCAAGAGCUUGAUCAUCACAGCAGGUCCUUGGACCAACCGGCUCCUCCGUCCCCUGGGACUUGAGCUGCCUCUCCAGACCCUGCUGGUCAAUGUGUGUUACUGGCGAGAGAAGGUUCCCGGAAGCCAUGGUGUGUCCCAGGGCUUUCCAUGCUUCCUGGGCCUCGGCCUGGCUCCCCACCACAUCUACGGGCUGCCCUCCAGAGAGUACCCAGGGCUGGUGAAGGUCUGCUAUCACCACGGCAACAAUGCAGAUCCGGAGGAGCGGGACUGCCCUACGGCAUUCUCAGACAUCCAAGACGUCCAGAUCCUGAGCCACUUUGUCAGAGGUCACUUACCUGACCUGGAGCCGGAGCCUGCCAUUAUGGAGCGCUGCAUGUACACGAACACCCCUGAUGGGCACUUCAUUCUCGAUCGACACCCAAAGCAUGCCAACAUUGUCAUUGGUGCUGGAUUCUCUGGGCAUGGAUUCAAACUGGCCCCUGUUGUGGGGAAGAUCCUGUAUGAAUUAAGCAUGAACUUAACACCAUCUUAUGACUUGACACCUUUUCGAAUCAGCCGCUUCUCUGGCCUGGGCAAAGCCCACCUUUGACCCCUGGCUGGCAGCCUUCCUUCCGUGCACAGGAGCUGGGAAUAAAGCCCUCUGCUAAGAAAGGCUUCUCAGAUGAAAGAAGUGGCUGGGACAUAUCACCCUUUUCUCCUGCCUCUCUUGAGGCCCCUGUAAGCACCAGAUGAUUGAAUCUACCUUCUUCCCCGGGCCAGCUCCCCAAUCCCACUACUUUUUUGCUUCCUAAAGGUGAAUCAGAUAUUCUCUAAUCACAGAGCAGCAAGGACCUUUGAGAUGGAUGUCUCAGUAAGGAGGGGCAUAAGGACUGGCUCAGGAGACGACAGCAGCUGUUAAAAAUCUCUUUGCUGGGACAUUUGAUGAACUUGGGCUGGGUUUGACUACAGCUGCCCAGGGGAGGGUAAACAAGAUGAUUUGCAGAUCACUACUGCCCUUGGAGUUCCUUUUCUUAAAACUGGAGCCACUCUCCAUCACAAACUCCCACAAAAUCUGGCUCAUCUUCGGUGCACAAUAAAUGUUUGUUGAAAAAAAUUUGUUGAACAAACAGAUAAAUAACUGCAUUGCAUUAAAGUCUGUGGUGGGCUUUAUUUUCCAUGUGACAUUAUUUCUCACAGACUUUAAUUGUCUCAGUCAGCACCACAGAAUCCAUUACCCCAGGAGUCCUUGGGGUCUUUCUCCCCUCAAUGCACUGCACCUUCUUCCUCUGGAUUCUUUGUCUGCUUCUCAUCCUCUCUCCGGCUCUGUAAAGAUGCUCAGCUCCCCAGUCUCUCAUUAAGGUGUAUUGUCAGGUUCUUAUGAAGAUGGAGCUGUUAUACCAGAAAGAAAGAGAGAGACACACUCACUUAGAAACCCCGUUCAAUGUUUGAAUGUUAAAUGUGCCAUUUUAUUAUCAUUAGGAUUGCUCCCACUUAAUGAAACGGCAUUAGUGCCGAGUCGGCUGGCCUCCUCGCACUAAUUGCUUUGGAAAGGAACAGGCUCAUAACUACCCCAGGGUGG